GAUUCACUGAUACUUCGCUUGAAUUCCUUGUCAGAUCAUUUCUCCUCUACGCAGUUAUCGUCGGUCUAAACCGAGGCAGGAAUUCGAUCACUAGAUUCCUCGAAGAAAGCUCCGAGAUAAAUAUUGCAGGGGGAAAUCGAGGGUUCUAGAGAUUAAUUCCCGGUUCGUUCAGUCAGGAAUUGCGAUAGCACAGUCGGCUGUUAGAAGCCAUCAUGGCAGACGCCAUGGUCACGGAGACUCCGCCUGCUGCAUCAUCCUCGUCGUGUCCCGCCACGCCUGAAUCCCUCGAGCGAGCGUCUGAGCUCGCGUCGACCGAUCCCUCAGCCGCUGCUGCGAUUUAUCGCGGGAUUAUCCAGGAUGAUGCCACGUCAGCUGAUGCGCUUCGCACGAAGGAGACCGCCGUUUGCAGCCUUGGCGAGAUUCUCUCGAAGCAGGGAAAAGCGGAGGAGCUUCGCGACCUGCUGACUGACUUACGUCCUUAUUUCGCUCUUAUUCCUAAGGCGAAGACCGCGAAACUCGUCCGUACGGUGAUCGAUCUGGUAGCGAAGAUCCCUAACAGCACAGACGUGCAGCUCGCGCUCUGCAAGGAAAUGGUCGAGUGGACCAAGAAGGAAAAGCGAACCUUUCUUCGGCAGCGAGUCGAGGCGAGACUCGGCGCGCUGUACAUGGAGACGAAGGACUACCAGACCGCGCUCGCGUUAACUAGUAGUCUUGUCAGGGAGGUCAGGCGGCUCGACGACAAGCUCCUAUUGGUCGACAUAGAUCUGCUCGAGAGCCGCCUGCACCAUCAGCUCCGGAACAUUCCCAAGGCUAAGGCGGCGUUAACGGCGGCGCGAACUGCGGCGAACUCGAUCUACGUGCCGCCGGCGCAGCAGGGUCAGAUCGACAUGCAGUCGGGCGUGCUGCACGCGGAGGAGAAGGACUACAAGACGGCCUACUCGUACUUCUUCGAGGCUUUUGAGUGCUUUAAUGGACUCGACGACCCCAAGACCGUUCCCUGCCUCAAAUACAUGUUGCUCUGCAAGAUUAUGCUGAAUCAAGCAGAUGACGUGGCAAGCAUCAUUGGCAGCAAGGCAGCCCUGAAGUACACAGGUGAUGAGGUGGACGCGAUGAAGACCGUCGCGUCAGCGCACAGUCAGCGGUCGCUCAAGGCCUUUGAGGAGGCUCUGCGCACCUACAAGCACCAGCUCUCAGACGAUCCAAUCAUCAGCCGCCACCUGGCAGCGCUGUACGACUCGCUGCUGGAGCAGAAUCUGCUGAGGCUGAUUGAGCCUUACUCGUGUGUUGAGAUCGCCCAUAUCUCGUCCCUGAUUGGCCUGCCACUGGAAAAGGUGGAGUCGAAGCUGUCUCAGAUGAUUCUGGACCGCAAGUUUGAGGGCACGUUGGAUCAGGGCGCGGGCAACCUGGUGGUGUUCCAGCCGCAGGUGCCGGACGCACUGUACCCGGCGGCCAUCGACACCAUUGUGCACAUGAACCAGGUGGUUGACAGCCUCUUUGUGCGCUCCAAGCGGAUCAUGGCUUAGAGAGGCGCUGUCAUAUGACUCCUAAUGCGUUGCAGUAUGUAACCGACAGUCGUUGACAGCAUCGUGCACAUGAACCAGGCGGUUGACAGCAUCUUCGUGCACUCCAAGCGGAUCAUGGCGUAGCUCAGUUGGGCGUGGGUUGCUCCUGGGGUCCAGGUGUAGUUGUGCAACGGUUUCAGCCUCAGCCCACUUUCCAGCAUGCUCAUUCAUGGACCAGGAGAUGGACUGGAUGUGAUCUAGAGAUAAGUUGGCUAAUUUUGAAAUGGCAGGUCCAGUCACACACAUUGUCAACUGGCACACUUGUGAACAAGCUCAUCAUCAAUUCUAGCUGAUCAGGAGAC